GUAUGCGUACUUUAUUCUGCUGCUGCACCCCCUUCCGAGAACAACAUCGCACAACGUCGUCAGCUGUAUAGUGUGUGGCAGGGAAAAACAAUACCGCAGCAUUGUGUAGCAUAAAGAACUCGCCACCCCGAUGCGGGCUGCCAAUCGACAGUGCUACCACAUCAUGUACUGCUGCUGAUUGGAAGCGAUUUCAAAUCAUAAGCAUUACGGUAACCAACAAGCCAACCAGAAAGCAUUGCCACCCGCAGAAUGUAGCGAUCGAUUGCGGGCGUCUGGAUUGCGGAAAGAAAACAAGCAACGGGCCUUCGUGGCAAGUGUUCAAGUGCUUCGUAAGUUAGCAGGCUCAGGCUGAGUCAUCGUUUAGAAUCGAACGCAACGUAGCGUGUCUAAAAUCAAUCAGCGCGAACAACUAAGAGAGAGACGAAUCGAACGAACAACCCAACAAACAUACAAACCCACAACGGAGUGGGAAGGGAGGCGUCUGUACUGCUGCCAUAGAAGCAGGAAGAUAAAAGAGAGCACCAGCAAGAGCAAGCGAGAGCGAGCACAGAGUUGAAUGCAAAGGGCUCGCGUUCCGUCCACCGGACGACAGCAGAGGAUGAGCUCGACUUACCCGUCCGGCCCGAUCGGUGUCCGGCUGAUCAGCUACCUGUCCGCCAAGCUAUGUCCCCGGCUGCAGGUCAACCGCGUGCUGUGGUUCAAAUGUUCCGUCCUCGGGCUCACGUACCUGGCCUACACCUGCUACCACAUGACGCGGAAGCCGAUUUCGGUGGUCAAGUCGGUGCUGCACCGGAACUGCUCCACCGUGACGCUGCCGCCCGAGUUCGUUACGCCCGGGGGUGGCGGCGGGAGCGAUCCGACCGUCCCGCCACCACUGCCAACCGAUGGCACCUGGUGCGACUAUGCGCCGUUCGAUCAGCCCGACUUUAACUCGCUGUUCGGGGCGCUCGAUUCGGCCUUUCUGUUCAGCUACGCGAUCGCCAUGUUCUUUGCCGGGUUCAUUGCGGAGCGCGUGUCGCUCCGGUACUUCCUUGCCCUUGGGAUGGCAUUUUCGGGCCUGUUUUGCUACCUGUUCGGCAUGGCGAAGGUGUACGACAUACACGCGCUGUGGUACUUCGUCGCGGUGCAGGCACUGGCCGGCAUGUUCCAGACGACCGGCUGGCCCGGCGUCGUCACGAUCGUGGGCCGCUGGUUUGGCAAGUCCAAGCGGGGGCUAAUCUUUGGCAUCUGGAACAGCCACACCUCGAUCGGGAACGUGCUCGGUACGCUGAUUGCGGCGCACUAUGUGGAGCGGGACUGGUCGAUGUCGUUCGUGGUGCCCGGCUUUGUGAUGGGGCUGUGUGGGUUUCUGAUGUUUCUGUUCGUGGUCGAGCGGCCGGAAAUUGUCGACUGCCAGGAGAAGGUGGCGGACUAUGCCCAGCAGCAGCGCGGCUCGUCUGCCGGGUCGAGCGUCCGGCGGAUGGACGAUUCCGUGAGCGAUGUGGAGGAUUCGGGCGUUAGCGCGGAACAGGACAAUGUUUCGACCAGAACCUUACGCGGCAGCUAUUACUCUGAAAUCAACGAACGAACGCCCAUCCUCGGCAGCAUUAACCGUGCACCACCGCAGCACGAUGCGAUCGGAUUUUUCGGCGCGCUGCGCAUACCCGGCGUGAUCGAGUUCUCGCUCAGCCUGUUCUUCUCCAAGCUCGUCAGCUACACAUUCCUUUUCUGGCUGCCGUUUUACAUUCAACACUCUACUUCCAUGGGCGCCAAGCUGUCGGCGGACGUAUCGACGGUGUUCGAUAUCGGGGGCAUUGUUGGUGCAAUUGCGGCCGGCAUGCUGUCAGACGCAUCCGCCAUGCCGGCGACCACCUGCACGGGCAUGCUGGCGAUCGCUGCACCGCUGCUACUUAUCUACCGGUGCUGGGGCAGCGUUUCGCUUUCCGUCAACAUACUGCUCCUAUUCGUGGUCGGGCUGAUGGUGAACGGACCGUACGCACUGAUUACCACCUCGGUCAGCGCCGAGCUGGGGCAGCACAGCUCGCUAAAUGGCAACUCGAAGGCACUCGCCACCGUCACCGCCAUCAUCGAUGGGACGGGCUCGAUCGGGGCGGCCAUCGGGCCCCUGCUGGCGGGCAUGGUGUCCGGCUGGAACAACGUGUUCUACAUGCUCGUCAUAUCGGACGUGCUCGCGCUGGCCAUGUUGCUGCGCAUCAGCAGCAAGGAAUGCUCCAGGCGCAACAUCAACCGACGCUACAACGUGCGCAUUGAGUGAUAAAGGGGGGAAGAGGAAGAAGGAAAGGAAGGAAUUCGAAUUCGCGCACAAAGGUCGCGGUGGGUUUCGUGCGCGUGUGUACAGUUUUUACAGCUAGCUCUCGAUAUAUACACAAUAUAUGGUCUGAUAUUUUCGAGCACGAAACGCGGGGGAAAAGGGGGGAAAGAGGAUACAGUGGGGUGGGAUUUGCUUUUUUUUUAUCAUUAAUGUUUGGUGCGUUUUUUUUCGCCGCCUGCAGUCGAUAAGUAUAAAUAAAAGCUCUUUAAACACUGGGUGGUCUCAUCUUACAACAAAAA